AUGGCGUCGCCGAGUUGUCCGUCCACCGCCGUGAGCGACGUCGACUCGGUCGUGCACCUUGAAAGCUGGGCCGCGCAGACAACGGAGCACUGGACGACUCAAGUGCGCGACGAGUGGAGGCGGCAGAAGCGCAUCAACAACUCGCUGCGGUUCCGCGCACGCAAGAAGAACGAGCUACUACAUCUGCGCAGCGAGCGAGAACGCUUGGAGACCGAGCAAGAUCCUCCAAGAAGAGAAGGCAUUGCAUCGAUCCACGCUGAGCUCCCCCACGCGUUCCGCCAGUUAGCGCUCGAGAACGACGCACUUCGAAGCGAGAACCUUCGCCUUCUACUGAAACUGCAGCAGUCCGAGCACUCUUUGUCGCUUAUGGCUGAGGCAGUGUGCCGCCUCCAGUUGCUAAGAAUGGCCCACAGAGCGUACCAAGCAGAAUUUGACGCCGUGGCGCAUCGAACCCGAGGCAUCCCCGCCGAAAGAGCUCCUUCCGUCGGACACGUACUCGGCUGGACAGUGCAUCGCGCAGCUCCUCCCGAGUGUAUGGCGCAGGACGAAUUGUCGUUCACGUAUAUCCGUCUCAUGACUCGGAUGCAGUGCUCUCUCCUCGACGCGGAUAACAUGGUGGCGCACUCAGAUAUCAACCCGUGGCCUCUCGUCGUCACGCCUCCCAACUGGAGUCAGCGCCAACGUCACGCUGUGAACACUCAAGUGCUUCAGGACCUCGGAGACGAGUGCCGCGUAAUGGUGGUAAACAUUCCAGGCCAGAAGUCACACUCAACUUACGCAGCGAUAUCCGACAACUGA